AUGAAUACUCCACAGAUUAGUCUGUAUGAACCCGGGACAAUAUUAACUGUGGGAUCUCAUCAUGCUAAGAUUAUCAAAUACCUUACGAGUGGUGGAUUCGCACAAGUAUAUACUGCCGAAAUUUCCCCUCCUGACCCAUAUAGCAAUGCUAACAUAGCAUGCUUGAAAAGAGUCAUUGUCCCCCAUAAACAGGGUUUAAAUACCUUGAGAGCUGAAGUGGAUGCUAUGAAACUCCUUAGAAAUAAUAAGCAUGUUGUUUCUUACAUAGAUUCACAUGCUGCAAGGUCUGUAAAUGGUAUAGCAUAUGAGGUGUUUGUGUUAAUGGAAUUUUGUGAACGUGGAGGUCUUAUAGAUUUUAUGAACACCAGAUUACAAAAUAGAUUACAAGAAUCUGAAAUAUUAGAAAUUAUGAGUCAAACCGUCCAAGGUAUAACUGCAAUGCACGCUCUGCAGCCGCCAUUGAUUCAUAGAGAUAUUAAGAUUGAGAAUGUACUUAUUUCUCAUGAUGGCUUGUAUAAAGUUUGUGAUUUUGGUUCCGUUUCCGGUGUGAUAAGGCCACCUAGAAAUACUCAAGAGUUUAAUUAUGUUCAACACGACAUCCUAACAAAUACUACAGCUCAGUAUAGAUCACCUGAAAUGAUUGACCUGUACAGAGGGUUACCUAUCGACGAAAAAUCUGAUAUUUGGGCUCUUGGUGUCUUUCUUUACAAAAUAUGUUACUAUACUACGCCGUUUGAAAAAAGUGGUGAAGCCGGUAUACUACAUGCAAGGUAUCAAUAUCCAUCCUUUCCGCAGUAUAGUGACAGGUUGAAAAAUUUGAUACGUCUUAUGUUAAUGGAAGCACCAUCUCAGAGGCCAAAUAUUUGUCAAGUUUUAGAGGAGGUUUCCAGGUUACAGAAUAAGCCUUGCCCGAUUAGAAAUUUUUACUUGUUAAGAGCAAUGAAUCAGAAUGCGAAUACCCAAUUGGCCGGUGAACCGUCUUCGACAACUUAUGUUCCAACACAGAAAUUUAUUCCCGUACAAAGCCUUCAGAGCAUCAACCAGCCACCAAAUAUGAUGCCUGUAACUCACGUCAGUACUACUCCUAAUUUGGGUACUUUCCCUAUAUCUAUUAAUGAUAAUAACAAGACAGAAGUAACGGCGCAUGCUGGCUUACAGGUUGGAAGCCAUUCAAAUUUGACUAGUCCCUUAAUGAAAACAAAAUCCGUUCCACUUUCUGAUGAAUUUGCAUCACUAUAUUAUAAAGAGCUACACCCUUUUCAAAAGUCUCAGACUUUCAAAUCAGUAGAAAGUUUCCAAUCCCCACAAAGGAAGUCUAUGCCUCCAUUAUCGCUUACUCCUGUUAAUAAUGACAUUUUUGAUAGAGUUUCGGCAAUAAAUCGUCCAAAUAACUACGUUGAUUCUGAGACGCAAACUAUAGAUAACAUGGCUGUGCCAAACUUAAAACUAUCUCCCACCAUUACAAGCAAAUCACUAAGCUCCACAAAAGAAAUUGCUGCUCCAGAUAAUAUAAAUGGAAGCAAGAUUGUGCGUUCACUAAGCUCUAAGUUAAAAAAGGUUAUUACUGGUGAAUCUCGCGGCAAUUCUCCGAUUAAAUCAAGGCAAAAUACUGGUGAUAGUAUCAGAUCAGCAUUUGGUAAGCUUCGUCAUGGGUUUACAGGAAACUCAGUGAACAAUAGCAGGUCUGCUUCCUUUGAUAAUAACAAUGUCAACGGCAAUGGUAACAAUACAAACAGGCGAUUAGUUUCGUCUUCAACCUCCUCCUUUCCUAAAUUUAAUUCUGAUACCAAAAGAAAAGAGGAAUCAGACAAGAAUCAGAGACUGGAAAAACGUCGCAGUAUGCCUCCUUCAAUUUUAUCAGAUUUUGACCAGCAUGAGAGGAAUAACUCGAGAACUGGAUCAAGGGACUAUUACAGGUCUCAUUCUCCAGUGAAGAAAACUCAAGCAUCAGCUAAAACGACAUCAAAGCCUACUUUGAUACCAGAUAAUGGCAACGUUAAUAUAAAUCAAGAAAAGAAGGAAUCAAUUCAAAGAAGAGUGCAUAACUUACUAAAGAGUUCUGAUGAUCCGGUAACGUAUAAAUCCGCAUCCGGGUAUGGUAAAUAUACAGAUAUUGGUACAGAAACUUCCAAUCGACAUUCAAGUGUAAGAAUAACACCAAUCACAGAAGAAAAGUUUAAGAAAACCCUUAAGGAUGGUGUUUUGGACAUCAAAACGAAAAGCAACGGUAAAGAUAAAUCAAGACCACCACGUCCACCACCAAAACCACUACAUUUAAGGACAGAAAUUCAGAAGAUAAGAAACUUUAGUCGUUUACAAUCAAAGAAACUGCCGAUUGAAAGAAUUUCCAGCGAAGCCACAGAAACUAUUGUUGAUGUUAACGUAGAUGAUUUAGAAGCCGAUUUUAGAAAAAGGUUUCCCAGCAAAGUUUAA